CCACCUGACCACCGGACCACCGGACCACCUGACCACCUGGGAACCGUGGACCGCGGCGCGACCCAUGCCGAGCCCAGCAGCGUCUCCGGCAGCACUCACACCAUCCCGCAGCUGCAGCAGCAGCCCGAAUCCUCGGAGCUGCUGAUCCCCAGUUUCGCCCCCUCCUCAGCCCCGUCCUCCCCGACCCCCACAGGUACCCUGUCCCGGCUGGGCCUGAAGAGCCCCACCAGCCCUUCCGCGGCCGCGCCCGGCCCCCCCGUGGACCGCGGCCAGGUGAGCGCCAUUACCGUGGUGGCGCUGCUGGACAAGCUGGUCAACAUGCUGGAGUCGGUGCAGGACAACCAGUGGCGGAUGGAGCAGCGGCAGGCCAGCCUGGAGGACGCCGUGCGGGUGGUGCAGGGGGACGUGAGCCGCCUGUCCAAGACCCACAUGAGCACCUCCAACAGCGUCAGCAAGCUGCUGGAGCGCUCCCGCAAGAUGAGCGGCCACGUCAAGGAGGUGAGGGAGCGGCUGGACAAACAGGCGGUGCAGGUGAAGAAGCUGGAGGCCAACCACGGCCACCUGCUGAAGAGGAACCACUUCAAAGUUCUCAUCUUCCAGGAGGACAACGAGAUCCCCACCAGUGUGAUGGUAAAGGACUCUCUGAAGACUCCCCAACCAAGCCAGUACGAUGCAGAGUCCACCCACCCCACUCCGUCCAUCGCCGGCUCCGUUGAUGGCCGCGGCAACGAGGAAGGCCUCCAGACCAUUAGCCUGUCCUCGGAUGACGAUGAUGAUGUCACUCUUCACCAGGAGGAAUCUCUGGCAGGUGACGAUGAAAUGGCCGCAGGCAGCAGUCGCACGUUCGAGAGAAGAGCUGACAAAUUCAAGCGCAACAGCCUGAAGAAGGUUGACAGCCUGAAGAAAGCCUUUUCACGCCAGAGCAUCGAGAAGAAGAUGACCCAGAUCGGCACCAAGAUCGUUCCUCCAGAGAAACGCGACAAAAUCAAGAAGAGCCUCACUCCCAACAACCCCAAGAGCCCGACUUCCAAGUCCUCCUCGUUCAAGGUCUCUCCCAUGACCUUCAACGUAAAGAAGGUUCGAGAUGGAGAGGUGUCCACGGAGGUUUCACCUGUGGAAGGAGCCCAUGUGGAAAUUCCUCCACUAGGAGGCCUGGAUGUCGAGGUUCCCACGGCAGAGGUUCACGUCGAUGACGGUGUUGUGGAGAAGAUCCAGGAGGCGCUCUGUCCUUCCACCCCAGAUAGCCUUAAAGCCGAGCCGGCGGUCAAUGGAAACGCAUCGGCCAUUGAGUGUGACAUCACCGAUGAUCAUUCUGCUGGCCUGGCAGUGCCAGAACAGGAUGAAGACAUCGGAGAGGAAGAGGAAGAUGAGGAAGUAGACGAGAAGCAAAAAACCCCAGUGGAGACAGCGGCCGACACCCAGAUUACCACGGCAACGACCACUGUUGAGGAAGUCCAUUAAUCUAGAUUGAAAUUCUUUCAGCAUCCGUUUUAAUUUUUUUUUUUUUUUUUUUUUGGCUCAAGUUUUGAAAUCCACUACUAAUCCAGCAUCUACUCUCCCAGCACCCCCUCCCAGAUCAUCUCAACACAUCCGAUGUCCAACCUAUGGUACCGUUGCCUGAUUUCUUAACAUACUCCUUGCAACUUUACCAAAAUAGGUCUGUGGUUGAGUCCUAAAAACUGAUCCGACUGGUUCCACUCCUAACCCAGUGGUUCAAACUGUGGCCUGAUACAAGUCUUUAUCGUCACCAGCAAGAAGAAUAACCCUGAGGGUUCUCAAACAGUGGUUCUCAAACUUUUCACCGCCUGUGACCACUGUCGGUCCCAGUACCACCAGUUUGACCAACAUUGAAAUACAGCAGCACCGACCUACACUGUUCAGAUAAGACCAGUGUAAGAAGAAGAGUAUUUAUUCCUAAUGAGAUUAUCAGACUAUUGGCCAAAGACACGGUGCACAAUGAAGUUCUACUACGACUAGUACUUCAGUUCAACCCUGAAACACAUACACGGAAGAAUAUAUAACAGAUGUUUCUAGCAGCUAGGUGACUCAUCCAGUCCAGAAAGGAAUCCGAUUCCUCACAUACCACUAGGGGGAGCCCAAGUACCACAAAUGCUACCUGUAUCAAAACCGUUUCUACCAUUGCAUUUAAUUUUUUUUUAACCGCAUCAAGGUUUUCAAAAGAAAUUAGUCCAAGUUCUGCAGAAAACUUCUGACCAGCUGGCGCGGAGCGUGGACUGCGUAACGCUUGGAUCUGAAACCCGGUGAAAUACGACCCAGUUUUUUGAACGGCGCCUGUUCUGUGUUGGCUCUGCGGCAGCAGUGCCGCGCCGGACAAUGGAAGAACUCAUCCUUAACGCUCUAGCUGCGUUGUCCAAGGAGAGUAAUGUUGCGUCAGUGGACCAUAACUCAUUCCCCUCGACCGGUGCACAUCUCCAAGGUGGUGGGCCAACUAUCUGCCCCCUGCUGUGUCUUUCUGUGAUGGCUCUUCAUCUCUGACAGUCUCUUUGUUCUUAUACUGAAAAAUACGAAAUAUCCAUCACAGUGUUGCUGCCCACGGCCCACUGAGGCAGCGUGUUGCCAGGUUGACCACAGCUGAAAUGGUCACUUUGUCUGUUUUCUCUAAUUGCGUGCCGGGGCGUUUUUUUGUAGUGACCUUUAAAUUUGUUUACGGAAGUCUUUGUACCUGUGCUUAAAGAAAAACAAAACAAAAGAGACAAAUGUGCUGAAGUGGCCUGUAGGGGCGCCAUCACGUCGCCUGUCCUUCUUUGUCAAAUUUUAUGUUAAAUUUUAGAUUUUAGUAAGAAAACUUCUAACCCUACCGUUGGUAACCUACUAGUUCACCCUGAGAUGAGAGUGAUUUGUUGUCACGGCUAAUAAUUAACUGUAACUCACCUUAAAGUAGAAAAAUAAAUAUUUUUAUCAGAAAAAAAAAUUUAUCACUUGUGUUUAUUUGAAAGUUAAAAGAAAUAUAUAUAUACAUACAUAUAUUUGAGUUUCACUGAUGAAGGACACUUGAGUAAAGAGACUGGUGUUAGUGAUACAGUUAUUGACUCCCGCACAGGAAUUUAGUGAUUUUCUAUGCUACAGGCUAACUAAUCUCUACGUAUUUACAGCUUAAACACUGCAAAAUAUUCAUUUGAUCUGCUCUCAGUACCUGACCUUGAAAUGUACACGUGAGUAUUUGGAGUUAGUUUGAAAACUUCAUCGUUCACUUGCAUAACUUGCAUGAGGGAGGGUUUGAAUCUCACACAUGUUCACGCACACACAUACUCCUCAUGCACAUGUACCUGGCACAGGCUGGUAUGUUUACUCUCUCUCUCUCUCUCUCUCUCUCUCGCUCGCUCGCUCUGAUGGAUUAAGUUCCUGUGUUUACUGCAGAUAAGUAAUGGUAAAGCAUGUGUGACUGCUCUUUUUCCCAGAAUUUCUUGCAGCUAUUCUGAGGUCAGAUUACAAAAAAUGUGUGUUGGGUUUUUUUUUUUUUUUCAAUCUUUCUGUUUUAAAACAAAAAUAACUCCAAAGUGACCUUCCUCUUGUUGCACGUCAUUAGCUGCAGGUAGUGGUUUCUAAUCCCAUACACCCUGGAAAUAUAAUUUAGUGAAUGAUACCAGUAGGGGUCAGUGAUCCAGGCAGGAGUGAGAGUGAGGUCACAGAAGUGCACGACAGCAUUCCAGCCAAUGACGGAUGGCCACUGCUCGGUCUAUUUUUCAUCCUCUUGGCCCUCCUUGCUGCGAUGCUGCAGCGAGAAGGAGAUGCUCCGAGAGGCCACAGGUGCUGGGCCUGUGCACGGGCUCCCGGGUGUCGACCCACCGUUGGAGCUUUGGCCAAAAGAACUUCUGUUUGACUGCAGGGAGAUGUGUGAAGUCGAUUAAAGCCUGCGAA